GGGGAAGUGAGACGACCAGAAAUACUUUCUUUUCUAUUUAUUGUCCUGCUGGUUGAGCAUCAACAUGCUGAGCAUCAACAUGCUGAACGUUGCGCUGGUCGCUCUCAUCCUGGCGACUGUUUCUGCUGAUCCAGGUGAGAAGUUGUUUACUUGCUGUAAGAAAGUCAGCACAGCUGAGAUCACAGAGCCGAUAAUAAAGUUUGCGAUCCAGCGGCCGAAUCCUCCGUGUGUGAGAGCCGUGAUCUUCACCACCCAGUCGGGUCAUUUCUGCAGCCACCUUCUGGCUCCCUGGGUUUUCGCCAAGAUCCAAGAACUCAGAAGAGUCAAAGCUCAGCCGACCACUCCUCAGGUUGUCACAUCAACGCCUCCUUCCCCUUCCUCUUCCUCUUCCUCUUCCUCUUCCUCGCUCCUCUCCAUCAUCACACCCACCGCUGCUCCUCCUUCGUCUUCGUCACCUGGACCGUCUUCAUCGUCUUUCUCCUCCUCUUCCUCCACAAUCGCAAGUGAGACGUUUCCUGCAUCCAGAGAUCAGUAG